UCUUCCUUCCUUACAUAAGCGCUCGCUUUCUUACGCCCCAUCCACCACUCUUCUAGGGUUUUGCCGCCGCCCGCUUCGCCUCCUCCCGCUCUCUCCCUCCUGCGAGCUCGGCUCCAAUGGCGGUCCAGCAAGAGGUUAAACUUUUCAACCGCUGGUCCUUCGAGGAAGUGGAGGUCAGUGAUAUUUCGCUCGCGGACUACAUAGCCGUAUCUCCUGCCAAGCAUGCUACUUAUCUUCCACACACUGCAGGACGAUAUGCUGUCAAGAGAUUCCGUAAGGCUCAGUGCCCAAUUGUAGAAAGACUGACCAAUUCUUUAAUGAUGCAUGGCCGUAACAAUGGAAAGAAGCUUAUGGCUGUUCGCAUUGUCAAGCAUGCUAUGGAGAUUAUUCAUCUGCUUACUGAUGCAAAUCCGAUCCAAGUUAUUGUGGAUGCUAUCAUUAACAGCGGGCCAAGAGAAGAUGCGACUCGAAUUGGGUCAGCUGGAGUUGUUCGUCGUCAGGCAGUUGAUAUCUCCCCAUUGAGGCGAGUUAACCAGGCUAUCUACCUCCUUACAACAGGUGCACGUGAGAGUGCUUUCAGAAACAUCAAGACAAUUGCGGAGUGCCUUGCUGAUGAGCUAAUUAAUGCGGCUAAGGGUUCUUCGAACAGUUAUGCAAUUAAGAAGAAGGAUGAGAUCGAGCGUGUUGCCAAGGCAAAUCGUUAAGUUUCAGAGUUUUUAUGCAUCAUCCUAUGGUUGCCGUUAUACUUAAAUCAGCAUUGUGCUGUUGUAUUAGUUUAAUUCUCGGAGUUUGAGUUUGUUGUCAAAUAGAACUUGUAACUGGUGUUUGUUGCAGUAUUUAAGGUUUGAACCUUGAUCACUAGUGUAAUUGCCAUUCUGUUUGGCAUUGACGUUAUCGAGCCAUUGCUAUCUAAUAACAUUCCAUUGUGGUGAUGUGUUGAAACAAUUAA